CAAUGCAAAGGCCUCUUGCCACCUCCCAGGGGGCGGUGCCCCUCCUUGAUGCUUGGGGUUGGAGCAUAAGGAGGAAGCAGUUUCAGUCACCCAGGCAGGGUGGCAGGUGGGCUGAGGGAGGCCUGGCAGCCUGCCAGCCACAGGCUCCGUUCUCUUCCCAUCCAGGCUGUGGUCUCAAGGUGGCAGUAAGGCUGUGGCGAUACGAUCCUGGUAGCUGAGAAUGCCCCAGGCUCUGGAGCGAGCAGAUGGCAGAUGGGCCUGGGUCGUCCUGCUGGCCUCCCUGGUGACCCAGGCCCUCACCUUGGGCUUCCCUGCUUGCAUUGGCGUUUUCUUCACUGAUCUGCAGCGCGACUUCCAGGCCACCAACAGUGAGACCUCAUGGUUUCCCUCUAUCAUGGGGGCCAUGAUCCAUGGUGGGGGACCCCUGUGCAGCAUCCUGAUAAAACGUUUCGGCUGCCGAGUGACCAUGAUACUGGGGGGCAUGCUGUCCAGCCUGGGCAUGGUGGCCAGCUCCUUCUCUGGCUCACUCAGCCAGUUCUUCCUCACAGCAGGAUUGAUCACAGGCCUGGGCAUGUGUUUCAGCUUCCAGUCAAGCAUCACAGUGCUGGGCUUGUAUUUCGUCCGCCGUCGGCCACUAGCCAAUGCGCUGGCCUCCAUAGGCAUCUCUAUAGGCGUCACUCUCUGGCCACUGCUGGCCCGAUACCUUCUGGAAACCCUAGGCUGGAGAGGCGCCUUCCUCAUCUUUGGUGGCAUCUUUCUCCACUGUUGUGUAUGUGGAGCCAUCCUGAGGCCUGUUGCCACCAACGUGGUCCCCGAGCCCAAAGAAGAUCCUCCUCUACCUCCCAAGACACCUACACGCAGCUGGCUGGCAACAUGCAUCUCAACCAUCCAGUACCACCUGGCCUUUGACAUCCUUCGGCACAAUAUGGCCUUCUGCAUAUAUGUAACCGGUGUGACAUGGAUGAUCCUGGGUUUCCCUCUGCCGCACAUCUUCCUGGUGCCGUACGCUGUGCACCAUGGGGUGGAUGAGUAUCGGGCAGCCAUGCUCAUGUCGGUCAUCGGCUUCUGCAACAUCUUCUUACGGCCAGUGGCAGGGCUGCUGGUAGGCAGGAAGAGCUUGGCUGCCUACCGGAAGUAUCUUUUUAGCACCGCGAUCCUUGUGAAUGGGCUCACCAAUUUAAUAUGCACGGUGUCAGCGGACUUCUCGGUGCUCCUGAGCUACUGCCUGGUGUACAGCCUGUCCAUGUGUGGCGUUGGGAUCCUCAUCUUCCAGGUCCUCAUGGACAUUGUCCCGAUGGAUCGAUUCCCCAGUGCCCUGGGCUUUUUCACAGUCCUAUGUGGUGUGGCUUCCCUCAUCUCUCCACCGUUGGCUGGACUCCUGCUGGACACGACCAACAACUUCAGCUAUAUUUUCUACGCGUCAAGCUUCUUGCUCAUCUCAGCGGCCCUCUUCAUAGGAGGAGGCUUCUAUGCCGUGGAGAAGAAGCAGCUGAAACAAAAUGGGCCAGCCAAGGUGGAGGACACCAUCUCAGAGAUUACCCCAAUGCAGGGUCUUACCUCGGAAGACAAGGACGGCACCAAGAAGCAACUGUGCCCUGAAAACAUGUACGUGACCACUGUCUGAACUCCAGAAGUCACAUGUGACCUGCCUCAGAGCUCUGAGGUCCAUAAGGGACCUUCCUGCCAGGAAGUAGAGUAUAGAAACGGGCCUUCCUGACUUUCUUCCUUGGGUCCCAGGAAGAUGGAUCUGAGUCCUGUUUGAAGCAGUCAUAGCUAGCUACCCUGGGCUGGCUUCUCACAGCUGCUCCUACAGCCCAACACUCUGGGUCUUCCCACCCAACCUUCCCAUUUCGACACUCUCUGUCCUUCUUGGCAACUCUCCAGACAAUUCUGAAGAAUUCACCUUUCUUCCAAGAACCUCCUCCCCUCUUCCCACAUAAUCAGCCCUGACCCCUCAGGUCAGGAGGAUCAAGGGUGCUGCUUUGCAAAGCUGAGCCUCACACUGACUGGAGCCACGGGAGAGGCAGAGAUGGAGGGCCAGGAUGAGAAGUCUGCGUCAGUACAGGAUGGGGACAAAUUGAUUGGUGGAGUGCGCUGGUCCUGCUACCUCUGCUGAGAGCAGGAGAGGAAGCUGCUGUCAUGGAGGGGGUCCUCCUGCUUAGGGCUCAGGAUUUAUGAAGUCUGAGGAGUCUUCUACCAUCAAGCAGGGCCUGAGCCAGGAUGUUCUCUCUUCCCCUACUCUGUAUCCAUAUAAGGGAAGGCAGACAUUUGACUGACCAGGAGACAGGAAGGCCGGCCGGCUAGGUAGCCUAAGGAACAUUAUGAAAAUUGGGUUUGUAUAUGCAAACUGUAGCCUGUGCUCUGUUCUUGGCCUUCUGAGGUUCCCCUUUCUCUGGGAUGUGUUAGAACUAUCAACCCUGAGGCAGUAGUUGGCUAAAUCAGCAGCUGCUGCGAGCCUGAGUGCAUGGUCUGGAGCUAUGCCCAUGCACACACUUCUGGUGGUACCCUCUGAGGUCAUCACCCAGCACUGGCUGUCAUCAGCCCUGGCUUGUCCCAACAGGGCACUCCAGGGAAUGGGAAAACAGACUGUUUGAAUUAUAUACAAAAACAUUCCCUGCAGCGGGUCAUAAACUCUGGACUAAUAAAGCAGGAAAACAGGCCUGAGUAAAUUUC